AUGUGUUUCCUUUCUGUCAUUUUUGUUGCUGUUAAUGUUGUUGUUGUUGCAAAUAAGCAUCUAAUAAAUGAAUCUCUUCAAUCGUUUCAUCCAAUCAUUCCUAACAAGGAUGUAUUACAUAAUAAUAAUAAUAAUAAUAAUAAUAAUAAUAAUAAUAAUAAUAAUAAUAAUAAUAAUAAUAAUGAAUUACCUAUUGUUGCUUGGUUACAAAAUACACUUGAAUAUUCAACAAAAAUGAAUCAAAAUAUUUGA